AUGGGCCAUGAGGAGGACGAGGAUCCGAAAUUGAGCGUUGCUGUUUCACGGCUAGAAAGUAAAUCUUACAGUUGGGAGGUCUUGACGCGCCGAAAACACGAAUUCGAACAUCUCUCCAGCCAUACCGCAGAACAGCCUUCACCCGUGUGCAUUGUGGAGUCCAAGGGUUUCCGAGAGGCGAACUUUUUUUAUCCAGGGGCCGUUACUCACGUAUGGCAGGCACACGGGUUUAGAACUGAGGGCGGCGAUAUUCAGACGGUGCCUGUAUUAUACAUGGCACAUACUGGUGAUGACAACUUGUUGCUUUUCACCUCGCCCGGGUCCUGGGGUAAGAUAACAGAUUACGAAGGAGGGACUACAGUAUACACAUGGCACCCACACCGCGAUACGAUGUGCAGCGCUGAUGUCUUGGAAUGUCCUGGAGCCGAGGCCAGCAGGCAGAAGCGACUCGCGGAAUAUCGAGCGGCCCAUAGAUUCAUUGAUGAGCGUCAGAAUUCAACAACACUGGCGCGUUGUAAGAAAAGCAAUAAACAUGUGCACGUAGAUCAGGCCAUCGUCGAAUGGAACGAGCGCAUACUCCUGUAA